GCCGUCUGAGAACAAGGUCGUGCCAGCUGGUGCGCUACAUGCAGCCAAGGCCGACUCCAUUCCAGUAUUGACGCAGGCCAGUACUCCACCCUCCAUGCGGGUCUUCUCUUCGUUCGCUGCGCUUCUCGCCGUGGCUGUUGCUGCCACCGCCGAUGAGAGCGUCAUCUCGCUCCGUGGCCUUCAAGCCAACAACGUGACGACGACCACGCCGGUGACGACGACCGUGACGCCGUCGCCGACGCCGACGGAAACGACAGUCGCCCCGACCACAGCGCCGGUGACCACGGUGCCGGUGACAACGACGCCGGCGGUGACGUCAUCGGCGGUUCCGACGACCACGGUCCCGACAUCGACGCAGCCGACGCAGACACCGACGCCGACGCAGCCCAACCAACCGACGCAGGCGCCGCAGCCUACGCAGUCCCAGGCGACGCCCGCGCCAACGUCAGAGUCGUCCUUGGGCACAGGCCCCCCGCGCACGCCCAAGCCGACGACGAAGAGUCCGACGCCCGUGUCGAAUGAUUCGGGUGACUCGGGCAUCAGCUCGGGCGCGGUCAUUGGUAUCGUUGUUGGCAUCGUUUGCGGUGUCGGUGUCCUCGCUGGCCUCGUGUACAUGUGCGUCAAGAAGAAGCACGACGACGACGACGACCUCCUCUCGCCCAACGACUUUAACGCCAAGGACGUGACGCCCGUGUACAACAACAACACCAAGCCGAUGACGCCAGUGCAGCCGGCGUAUGCACCGGCGACGACCGCGACGGCGACCACCGGCAACAGCUACGCCUACUCGAACGACUAUGCGGCCGCUCCGUACCAGCAGCCGACGGCCCCGGCAGCGAUCGCGGCCGCCGCCGCCGCGCAACACCAGCCGUACGCCGACAUGUACGGGCAGACGUCGCCGCAAGAGUUUUACGACCGGGAGUCGGCGACCUCGAGCGAGCCGAGCAACCACAGCGGCAAGAACGCGUGGAUGCAAGCGAUGCAAAAACCCAACUACGAUUCGGACGGCGUCGACAUUGACCGGCUCGACACCAACAGCUACAACAGCGCCAAGUUUGACGACUCGGGCAGCGACGUGAGCCGCGACAGCAGCUUUCUGAGCCGCGACGAGAGUCUCGGGUCGAGCGUCGACGACUUUCCGUCGCACCGUGGCACCAAGCAAGAGCGUGGCUCCUACGAAUUGUAAAAGGGUCGCCGAAUGCAGGCGGCUUUUUCCCUAUUUUAUCGAAUCAACUACACCAUGUCUUCUCC